AUGGUAAGGAGCUCUUCUACAACAUCUAUCUUGUGUGUUUUAUCCUCCACAGGUGAACAGGAAGCUCACCUCAGGGUGGUGCUGGUCGGUAGAACUGGAGCUGGGAAGAGCGCAGCAGGAAACACCAUCCUAGGAAGGAAGGAGUUUAAAUCCACAUCUUCUUCCUGCUCGCUGACAGCAGAGUGUCAGAAGGAAGUAACAGAGUGCGGAGGUCAGACACUGGCUGUGGUCGACACUCCAGGUCUGUUCGAUACCGACAAAACUCAGGACGACGUGAAGACAGAGAUCGCUAAGUGCAUCUCCUACACUGCUCCUGGUCCUCAUGUGUUCCUGGUGGUGAUCCAGCCGGGCAGGUUCACCGAAGAAGAGCAGAAAACUGUGAAGCUCAUCCAGGAGCUGUUUGGAGAGAAGGCAGCAGAAUUCACCAUGGUCCUGUUCACCCACGGAGACGACCUGGAGGACGAAGAAGUCACUGUGGAGGAGCUGAUCAGUGGCAACAAGGCUCUGCAGGACUUCAUCGAUCAGUGUGGCCAGAGACACCACGUCUUCAACAACAAAGACAAGGAUCAGAGUCAGGUCAGAGAGCUGCUGAAGAAGAUCAACACGCUGGUGCAGAGCAACGGAGGCCAAUGUUACACCAACGAGCUGCUGCAGGAAGCCGAGAAGGCCAUCAGGGAGAAGCAGCAGCAGCUCCUGGAGGAAAACCCCGACAUGAAGCCAGAAGAGGCGAGAAAACAGGCUGAGAAGGACAACACGUUCCUCAUAGCCAUUCAGCUCGGAGCUGCAUUCGGAAGCGCAGUGGGUCCACUGGGAGCUUUAGUGGGAGCUGGGAUCGGAGCGUUUGUGGGAGGAGUUCAGACUCUGAAGAAGGAGAAGAAGUGUGUUAUACUGUGAAUAAAAUCAACCAAAU